CACGUCGUCCCCGUCAGGGUUCCCCGCUUACAGAUUCCGAGCCUUCGUCGUCAUCGCCUCCCAAGUUCACCAGAUUAUUUGGCUCGGUGUUGGGCUCGCCGUUCUUGACAACGUCGGACGAUAAUGUCCCUCGUGACCAACUCGACGACUUGGACUUGGUGGAUGGUGCGCCCGUCGCAGUGCCACACGACAUGACGGUCACUCGCCCAGCGUCGCCCUCCUUCAGCAUGGACUUCUCCAUGAUCAGUCCACCUUCUCCGGACCCUCUUGACAGUUUCCCCUCUGCCCCUACUUUCACUCGAAACAGAGGUGCCACCGUAUCUUCCUUCUUCACACCUUCUCGAGGCCGGAAUACCCUUUAUGGCUCUACCUAUGGUCUCACCCACACCGUUGGCUGUAGACCUCCUCUUACAUCCUGUAAGUCAAGGAAGACGCUUCUCCCCCGCCUAUGGGAUGCCAUAUCUUCCCCUGGUCGCAAGUCGAAGGGCAAAGCCGCAGCUGUAGACCAAUACUUUCUUGGCGGUGGAUACAGCUACGCAGACCUCCAACCUCUUGAUGGCGAGGAGGGUGAGCUUAUCGACGACGAGGCUUGCUUCAUAGAUGGGACGACUGUCACCGGGAUCGAUAUCCUUUCGCAUCUUCCCCCCGAAAUCGCCGUACAAGUAUUGUGCAACCUUGAUCUCUCGACCAUACUCGCGUGCCAAGCCGUCUGCCGGACGUGGCAUACGCUCUCAGACGACAACGCGGUAUGGCGGGAGCUCUUCUGUCGCCGCGAGGGUUGGGGAGUAGACCUCGAGCGGGCGAAAGCUCGUGGUUGGAAAGAUCCCAGAAUCAUGCCCGUACUCCGCCAUAACUCCUCGCCGGACAGCGUGGGUCUGCCCGGGCAUAGACCGAUCAUCCGAAGACUGCCACAUUCGUCACCACCAACCUCCCCUCUCGCUCAUAAUCCGAACUUCCACUAUCACAUCGUGACGACUGCACCCGCUCAGAGCGCGUCAUCACUCACGCCAGCCAUCUCACCCUGGUCACCCGAACUUCCCGUUUCAACGCGUACUAUGAACCCUCGACAUCAGACGCCACUUUCUCUAUCAUGGAACUUACUUUACCGCAAUCGUCUGGAACUCGAUCGUCGAUGGGCGUCGCCGUCUUUCGAACCCACAUCUUCACGCCUUUCGGGCCAUGCAGACUCUGUGUACUGUCUUGAGUUUGAUAGUGGAAGGAUCGUCACAGGCGCACGAGAUCAAACUAUCAAAGUAUGGGAUCUCGACACGGGGAGGUUGAUGGGCACUUUCCGAGGCCACAAGGGUAGCGUUCUUUGUCUUAAGUUCGAUAAAGACUGGGACGUGCCUAGGUGGGGAGAUGAGGACUUAACGGGUGCGGGAAGGAAAGGAUUCAUGGUUAGCGGGAGCAGUGAUCGGACAGUCUGUGUUUGGGAUAUGUGGGCGGAGAAGGGUCCGAAUGGGGAGAAGGUGAUGAAUGCCGAGGUGAAGGCGGUCUUGAGGGGACAUAUGGGUGGAGUUUUGGAUUUGAGGAUAGACAAGGAUUGGAUUGUGAGCUGCUCGAAAGACGCAGUGAUCAGGGUGUGGAACCGCAAGACCCUCGAACUUCACAGGACCUUGUGCGGGCACGAAGGGCCCGUGAAUGCCGUCGGGCUUCAGAACGGCAGGGUCGUCAGUGCGAGUGGCGAUGGGAAGAUGAUGCUUUGGGAUAUUGCCAGUGGGAACCGGUUGACGACGUUUGAGGGCCACGACCGUGGACUCGCGUGCAUCGAAUUCAAGGACGACCUCAUUGUCUCCGGUUCUAAUGACUGUAAGAUCAAGAUAUGGUCCGCUUCCACUGGCGAAUGCGUGAAGACCCUCGUUGGGCACGACGCUCUCGUUCGCGCUUUGGCCUUCGACCCCGCCAGUGGAAGGCUGGUCAGUGCGAGCUAUGAUCGGACGGUGAAGCUGUGGGAUAUGAGGACUGGGAAGAUGGUUAGGGAGUUUAAGCAUCAACAUUCGAGCCACAUCUUCGAUGUGAAGUUCGAUAUGCGGAGGAUUGUGAGCACCUCGCAUGAUCAGAAGAUCGUGGUGAUGGACUUCUCGCGCGGGUUGGACGCGGCUUUGUUCACCUAAUCGGGUACCGCCAUCCUUCAACUGGGCAUCCUUCGCCCACAUUUACAUUCGUUCAUUGGACAUUUGCCAUUACGGUUUUGACACGGUUGGUUACGAGUUACGAGCAUCCACCACGGACAAGGUUUUACCUUACGAUUUAGACUCUUUCUUUUCUCUUCUCUCCCCGAUCUUCGUUUGAGUUGUUUCCUGCUUUGUAAUCAACCUGUUUUCUUCGUUUGUAUCUUCCGGUUUUCUGUCUGGUUUUCUGUCUACGUUGUGCAUUCUGACUUGUGAUUCUACUAAGUUUAUACCCAGUCUUCAUUCACUCUUCUUCCGUCCUCGCCACCCUUCUCUGAGUGUACGUACUCGAGGUGUGGCACUUUGUCUGUAAGUUCUCAUAGUUCGUGUUGGAUUUCCUUUGUGUACAAUAUUCGUGUAUAGUAUGUCUCCGUGUUCUCAAUCCUUCGUAGUCUCUUAGUUCUCUACGUUCUCGC